AUGGCCUUAAUUAUAAAUCCCAAAGACCCUUAAAAUAUUUUCUACAAAGCUGAUAAAAUCACUAGUGAGAUAUACUUAAUCUUUGUUCAUAAUGAGGAAAUACUCAAUUGCAAAAUGGGUAAAUAAGUGAAAAGCCAACUCUAAGUAAUCCCAAUACCUGAAGGACUAGAUAAAUAAUUAGUUACAAUAAGCAUUAAAAACAUAAUAAUCAUUUACAAAACAAUUAUAGAGAACAUGUGGUAAUUACAACAAAUUCAGAUAAGAGCUAUUAAUUUUGAAAAUAAAGAAUUUAUACCUGUAAAGCAAGUAUGGAAUUGAGAUUGUUUUGUUGAUAUUUGAAGAUGAAAUGGAAGGCUAGAAGAUUAAUAGGUUUAAGAAUGAAGUAUUUUUCAAUUAACCAAUAUCAAAUGAGGUGAUAUUCAAUUUUUUUCAUUUAACCAAAAGAUUUUAGUAAAGUUCUAUGAAUUCCUUAAUAUUCAAUGAAUAUAUUAUUGUAGAGAGAAUAAAUGGCAGUCUAUAAAAGAACAGCAUAAUGCUCUUGAUUAUGAAAAUAAUUUAGAAGUAGGCACCCAACUUAUAAGAAUUUAAUUUACAAUUAGAAUAAGAUAGACAAAAAUUAUUAUUCAAAAUUAGCAAGAGUUGAUAUCUUGAUAUAGAAAUUAGAUUAUGAUUUUGAAGAAUACUAUGAACUUAAUAUUUAUUCAAGAUAUUAAGAAAGUUAAAUAUUAAAAUAUAACUCACUCUUCCUAAAUUUGGAAAAAUAAUUGAUUGGUAGUAAACAUGAUUAAAGAUCUAUACUACUAUCUUAUUUACAAGUAAUUCAAUAUUAUAAAUAUAAAAAUAGAUAGAUAGACUUAACAUACAGAUAUUGGUAAUCAGAAAAUGUUGGAAACAAAUAAUUUAAGUGAUGGAAAAUUAAAGACAAUCCCAUCUAAUUUUGUUUCUUCUCCUUAAUAAAUUGUUGAAAAAAGAAGAAGAUAACAAAUGA